AUGACCGAGUAUAGGGCUCAUGAGGAGUCGGUGAGGUAUACUAGACUACUAAACCGUGUCACAAAUUCCACUCAAUUGGAGAAGUUCAUCAAGGCUAUUGACAAAACAGAAUCUCAGUUACAAGAUGAAUUAGAUAAUUUCAUAGAAUCUAGAACUCAUGUCCAAGAAGAAAGAAGAUUAGAGCUAUCUAGAACAGAAUUAUCAACUACGUUAUCAAGCUCAAGUAGUCUUGUUGAACUACUUUCAAAUGCUGGUUCAUUGGCUUCGAAAAUAACAGCUAGAGUUCGUUUAUUAGAUGCUGAAAGAUCAAGAGUCAGAGAAACUGCUACAUAUGUUGGUGACGUUAAAGAACUGAAAGCAUUGAUUCUUACGGCGAAUUCUGCCCUAGAGGUUCAUGAUUGGGCUCAGGCUUCAAGAGCUAUUGAAAAAAUACGAUCCUUACCAAUUGAAGGUGAAUUCAUAAAUAAUGUUGUUCCAUCAACAGAUGUUCCAGAAUCACCAAAAUUAACAUUGGAAAAAUGGAUUGAAGAAUUAACUAAAAUAUUUACAACAGAAUUUCAAAAAGCUGCAGAAUCUAAAGAUGUUGAAAAAUUAACAAGUUUUUUUUCAUUUUUCCCCAUGAUUGGUAAAAAUCAUAUUGGUCUUGAUAAUUAUUCAAAAUUUAUAUGUAAUAUUAUUGCCAAUCAAAGUAGAUUAAUCAUAACAAAUCAAUCACAACAAGAUAAAUAUGGGUUUUAUCCGGCUGCUUUAAUGAGAUUAUUAGAAAUUAUUUCAUCAAUGUUAAAUCAACAUUCCACAAUCAUUGCUAAAUAUUAUGGAAUUUCAAAUAUGACUGGUAUUAUUGAACGAGUUGAAAGGGAAGCAGAUUCUCAAGCAGGAUUAAUAAGUGAUACUUUUUAUGAUAAUAGACAAAUUUCAAGAUUAAUUGAUGAAAUUCAAGCAUAUAAAUUCCCAAUUUUAACAAAUUAUUCCACAAUGACUUCAAAUUCAUCAAGAGGUGGGACACCACCACCAAGAUCAAGUUUUGAUGGUACACCAAGAACUUCUGAAGAUAAUUUAUCUGUGGUUCAUAUUGGUGAUGUUACAACUGAAUUUUCAGCAUUUUUAAAAUAUUGGUCAUUAUAUUGUAGAUUUGUUGCAGUUAAAUGGAAUGAAUAUCAAGGUUUAAAACAAGAUGAAUUAAAAUUACCUAAACCAAUUUUAGAAAGUAAAUUUGGUAAAAAAAUUCAAACUAAAUUAUUACCAUCAUUUGAAGUUUUAUUAACUUUUUAUAUUAGAAGAUCAUUAGAACAAGCUUUACAAAUUGAAGAAUUCCCAGAUUUAAAUCCAUUACUUACAUCUUCCAAAAUUAUAGCACCUGAAAAUCCACCAAUUUCAUCAACAAUUGAAGAUUUGAUCUUGGUGUUAAGUACAUCAUUAAAACAAGCUAUUGAAACAGGACAACCAUUAACUGUUAAGAAUUUAGUUACAAAUAUUAAAAAAAUCUUGGAUAAUGAUUAUUAUUUAACAAUUUAUAAAAGAUUACGUGAAUUCCAACCAAGAUCUGGUACUAUAUUUACACCAACUCAAAAUAAUAUUACUUCAACAACAUCUCAUUAUAAUCAACAACAGCAUCAGCAACAACAACAAAAGACAAAUACGAUGGGAAGUAUUUUUUCAAGAGGUGCUACUGCAUUAAAUCAUAUUGCAUCUGGUGAUGAAACAAGAUUACAUACAUUUGUUGUUUUAUUAAAUACAGUUAAUGUUGGAGCAAAUUAUUUUGAAAAAAUUAUAAAUCAAAACCUUGCAUUAUUAAAUAAUAAUUAUCCAUUUGGUACAGAUUCUGAAAAAUUGAAAAAUAUUAUCCAGGGAUUAUUAGAUGGUUUCACUAAGAGAUCUAAUGAUAUUUUAAAUGAAUUUAUUGAAAUUUUAUUUAAUCAAGUUUUCAAAAAUAAAUUGAAAAUAUUAUUAACUGAUUGUUUUAAAGAUGCAGAUUAUUUAAUAAGUAAUUAUAAUGAAGAAUCUGAGACUUCAGUUGUUCAUAAAUUUAUAAAUCAAUGGAAUUCAUUAAUAGCACCAUAUUAUAAGACACUUGAUCCUUUAAUUUUUGAUAAAUUUAUGUUUACAGUUGUUACAACAUUAUCAAACUUAUUAGAACGUAAAAUUUGGUCUUUAGAUAAUAAUAUAACAGAAUUAGGUUCAAUAAAAUUAGAAAGAGAUUUUAGUGGUAUAAUUGGAGAAAUUACAAGAUCAAGAUAUAAUUUAAGAGAUAAAUUCUUAAGAGUUACACAAGUUAUUAUGAUUUUAGGGUUUGAUGAUGAAGAUGAUGAAAUUGAUAUGAAUUGGGUUUUAACACCUUCUGAAAGACAAAGGGCAAGAAAUUUACGUGUUGAUAAAAAAUAG